AUGCCUCCGCGAGCUAACCCGCCGCGCCACGUCAGCACUCUCGAUCAACCAAACGCGAUUGUUCUCUUCAUUGGUUCGCAUCAGUUUAAAGUGAGUAAUGGAGACUCUAUUUUCACGGAGAAGUUGAAGUUUUGUGACAUUAAUGAUAAGUUGGUACUGACGAAAGUUCUUCUAUUGGGAUCUGCAAGCCAGACGGUUAUUGGUAGGCCUAUAUUACCUGAUGCUACUGUUCAUGCUGUUGUGGAAGAGCAUGCGUUGGAUGAAAAAGUGCUCAUUUUCAAAAAGAAACGGAAGAAGAAUUAUAGGAGAACCACGGGGCAUCGACAGGAAUUGACGAAGUUGAGAAUAACCGAUAUACAAGGAAUUGAGAAACCAGAACCGAAGAUUGUUCAUAAGCCUUCCAAGGCUGCUGAUACAGAGCAACCAGAGGCUGAGCUAGUUGGUUAGAGAGAAGAGUUGCUUUUCUCUGUUGUUGCUGAUGCCAAAUACUUUGAAGUAAGUUCAUUAAACAUUGCCAGUUUGGGCUUCCCCUUUUCUUAGAACUAGUCUCUGAAAGGACGAAAAGGCCUUCUUGGUAAUUAAGUGGUAAUCACUAGGGCUCCUAAGAUAUGAACGUGAUUGCCUUUAUAGCUAUCUCGUUCAUUUGAUUUUGCUCUUCAUUUGUAUUGGAACUGGCUCAUGCUUUGAUACUGUUUGUUUCUUUUCAGAAUUCCCUAAUAAAGAGUUGCUGAAAAACAGUGGUUGCACUAUGUAUUGCGUUUGUUUAAUGAGC